CAAUCCCAUAGGGACCGACCGGAAAGGAAUACGAGAAGGGAGCAGAGCGCUCAACGUUCAACGAGGAUUGUGCUAGGCCUAGAGUAGACAUAAUCUUCUGUUUCAGAACAGUUGAAAAAUGUUUCUGUUUGCGAAAAUAUUUUUUAUUACAAUAGCCUAUCUUACUUUGAUCGAUGUUCUUGCGUGUGAAGCUAAUAUCCACGACAAAGUCAGCUACCAUGAGCUCAUUAGAGGUAGUGAGACGUCAGUGAAAACUCGAAUUCGCCGAAGUGUGGACCAGAGCAAGGAUAUGAUGAAUGACUUGACAAAAGAGUUUCAUUUCACGGCAUACAACAUGACAUUUGUCUGCCACAUGACUCCUCGAACAGGCUUUUUCUCGCCGAAAUUCAAGCUCAAAGUGUAUGGAGCAGAUGGGGUGCCCCGCGAGUUUGGCUUUCGGCAUGAUCAGGUCUAUGUAGGAUCUUGUGAUGGGGACCCGCAAUCUGAAAUAAGAGGGACAUUUAAGGGAGACAUUUUCACAGGCUCCCUCUUUUACAAAGGACAGAUGUAUGGCAUUGAGGAUGCUGCCCGGCAUAUUCCGUCAGUGCCCAUUUCUGAACAAAUGAUUGUCUACCGCAAUGCUGAUAUGAAGUGGAACAAAGAGAACAAGGACAAUGACGGAGGCCGUUUCUGUGGGAACACUGAUGGUUUCUCAGCUGAUCCUGUGGCCGACAAAGAGGAGAUAGUGGUUGAUAAAAUUGUUCAAGAUCAUCAUUCUGGGCGAAAGAAACGAGCUACUGUUCCGACGUGGGACACUUGCCGCAUUGUGGCUGUAGCAGACUACAAGUUCUUCCGUGAAAUUGGCAAAUCAGACGUUUAUGAUACGGCUUUGCAUCUUGCCGGUGUGAUGGACAGAGUUGACAAUAUCUUCCGAAGAACUGAAUUCAAUGUCAACGGAGUUCCCUACACAGGCAUGGGCUUUGAAAUCGCUGAGAUGAGAAUCUUUGAAGCUCCUACAAUAGGUUUUAACAAAGAUACGGGCAGUUGGGAGGCUCAGACUUUACUGCAGACCUUCAGCACAGACCUGACGUUCAAGUCAUACUGUGUGGCACAUUUGUUCACUCACCAGUCAUUUCAAGGAAACACUCUGGGCAUGGCGUACAUUGCAUCAGACAGGAACGAGGACAUUGGCGGCAUAUGCUCUCCAGAGUCUUACAUCAGAUCGCUGCAAGCUCGCGCCAGUGAAAACACAGGAUUCACAAGCACACGAAAUGGUUACGGAGAAACAGUGCUGCUUCAGCAAUCAGACCUGGUCACUGCUCAUGAACUGGGUCACAACUGGGGCUCAAACCAUGACCCUUCCUCUGGUAGCUGCUCCCCCUCUGAUAUCUUUGGGAAUGGAAAAUACAUCAUGUAUGCGAUUUCUGUCAGUGGCUACGACUCCAACAAUUUUCUCUUCUCUACAUGCAGUCGCAAUGCCAUCGGCCGUGUACUGUUGACUAAAGGUCAAGGUUGCUUCACAGCUCGAGCCACUGAUGAGAGUUUGAUCUGUGGGAACGGAAAAAUUGACUCCGGGGAGGAGUGUGAUGCUGGCUUCCUGGGAAGACUUAACCUUGAUCCUUGUUGCAACAAUGACUGUACCCUGACACGUACAUCUACCUGCAGCCCAGGCAAUCAUGAAUGCUGUGUCAACUGUCAGCUUGCCAGCCAGGGAUUGCUCUGCCGUGCAGAUUCCGGCAUUGACUGCCAGAAGUCGGCCUACUGCACUGGCUCCAGCCUGGUGUGUCCUGCUUCAGAGGACAAAGACGACGGAGAUGAGUGUUUGGAUGAGGGCAAGUGCGAAGCCGGCGAGUGCCUUCCGUUUUGUCAGGCUAGGAAUCUCACCUCUUGUGCUUGUUCUGAUUUGGCCAACUCUUGUCAACGUUGCUGCCGUACCGGCGAAGGUGCUGAAUGCGUUCCUUAUGACAACAACCACCCGUUGCCUGACGGUCGGCCCUGUGUGGCAGGCUACUGUGAGGGGGCUGUGUGUCAGGCUAGCUCUGAGUCCACAAUUCAAAGGCUCUUCAGUAUCUUCGACAAUUUAGAUGUGAAUUCUGUUGUUAAGUUUUUCCGUGACAACCUGGUGGGAUGCGUAAUUGUCUUCAGCCUCAUCCUCUGGAUCCCAGCCAGCAUUGCUGUAUCAUGCAUGGAUCGUAGGAGAAGAAAACGUUUAAACCGCAGUGAGGAGAUCGAGAUACGACGGGACAGAGAACUCCUGUUUGACGAAGAUGGCCGUAAGGUUGGCCCCGCCCAAUCCUCCGUUCCCCAGAACGGCACCACCAGCCCCCGCUACCGGACCCUCAACUUCACCGACCUGGGAGGCUUUGGCUCCGACGCCUGAAGCCAAAGGAGAUAACUCAAGCAGGAUACUGCCACAAGAGUUAUGUCCCCCGACUGAGCACCCUGUCGCUGUACAUGUUGGACAUUCCAGCUUUUUCUUUUCUUUUACCAGCUGCUUCUCACACACGCCGCCUCUUUUUCUCUCUUUUUUUAAGAUUAAGUCUUUUUCACCUUUCUUUUUUUCUCGCCACUUCUGCUGCUUUUUUGCCCCCCUUUUUUGCAGUACUUGAAUUUUCUCCGAAAUCCUGUUUCGUUUUGUCUUCCCCAUUCUACUUUCUCCUAAAAAACAAGACUUCCUUUUAAAGUUCUGUCCAUGCCAUGAUGCUGUACCUAUUUAAGUCUCUGAUUAUAACAAAAUAUUCGGUGGGUUAGUUGUGAUAAAGCCUCCUUGCUUUUAUUAUAUUCUUUUUGUCGAUCCCACCCUAUUGUGAGAUGAAAGUUUGAGCCCCUUGCAAGAAUAUACUUGGGAGAGGAAUCUUAAAAGUUCAACCGAAUAAGAGACUGCCAAAGAAUUACCAAGUAUGCUGGAUUCCUGGUUUAAUGUUUUUGAUACCUCUAUAUCUUUGUUUUCACGGCCUUGAAGGACCUAGGCAAUGCAACCCCACCAAUCCGAAGUUUUAUUUGUUAUUUUAUGUAAAGUUUUUAGUGUUUUUCUUUCAUUCAAAGCUAGAUCUUGAAAGACUACUGUUUUACUGGGAAGGGAAUUUUCUUACCUGUUUAUUACUUAGUAGAUCUAAGUGUUAUUAAAGUCAAAUUUUUUUUGAGGUUUUGUUCAUGAAGAUUGUUUUUUAAAACUCAGUGGUUAUCAUCGUUCUCCCAUAGUUCUGGACUCUGUGCCAAGAGCUGCCACUGUGAAUCAGAGGAAUUAAUUCCUUGAAGAUGCCCUGUUUUUGGGCACUUUAAACAAGAAGCAUAACUUUUUGUCAUACAUAUGUUCUAAUUGUUUGUUUUUUUAUUUGCUUUUUUUUGUCUGAAAAGUAAAAAGGCAGGCAACAACAUGCAUGGUGGUACGAAAUAUGCAAAUUUUUAUUUCUAAUUUGUGUAAGAUGGUUCAAAAUGUGUCGCAAUGUUGCUUUUGGUCAACUGUUGAUCGGCAUAUGCGUCUCCCACAUUAAAGAGUUAACAGCAGUAGCCAUUCAGCCACAACUUUUUAACGUGAAAUUUCUUCCGAAUAGACAAAUUGAAAUCUAAACAUUUACUAAUUUAGAGUGAAACUUUCGAAUUACCUAUACACGCAUAGUUGUUGGCUGUUUUUUGAAAACCACUUUGUAUUACGUUUAGUGAUGUUCUGUGUCAGUUUGACUUAGUCAUGUCAAAAGAUGCAGCUUGUCUUCAGUUAGUCAAGCAUAAUUUUGCUACUCAUUGAUUCAUCAAACAAGUGUCACUCAGUCAUUUCGUAAUGUGAUAUUGUAUUUGUAACAUUCAGUUUGUCUGUCCGGUGAUGGAAUUUUUAUGUUUAUGCUAACUUGACCAAAGAGCAGGACUACUGAAACCACUGAAAGAUUAUAACUUUUCAGAGAUAUUUUUACUAACCAGAGUACUUGACAUCCUCGUCUCAUGGUCAAGAUGUCAGACUUUUAGUUGUAAGUUCACAUUUUGAUUCCGUGCCCUAUGGUUUGGAGUUCAUGUUGUUAGAUUAGUUGGGAAAAGUGAAAGAUACUUUUUGAGAUGCUUCUGAGACGGUCAUGGUAAAUUGAAUUACAAGAAACUGGCUCAGGGAGUAAGUUUGAAGUGGUGUGGGAUGUCUGUCAAAAGAGAUGCAAGACUUAAAAACAUUGCUUUAAGGGAAAUCAAACCUUUUCCUUGUUGUUGAAUUGAGCUGGGUGACUUGUGACUACUUCAAAGCUAGAACCUGGAUACAGUGCAAUUUUUUAUAUUCGUCUUUUACCUCAUCAUAGUUAGUUUCAGUUGCUUUGUGCAAAUGAGUAAGGAGGUCUCCACCAUGCUUAAACGCUUCAUGACGACAUUAGUUUUUCAGUCUCUUUGAGUUUGAGUAAGCUUUGAAGGACAGGAAGCUAAAGGAACAUAUUAUGAAGCAAGCCUGUUAGAAUGUAUGUUAGGCAUUGCACUGCAGUUUUAAAUGGUACACAUACUGGUAUACAAGCUAGAUAAGAGUAGUGUUUUUGUUCUUCAAUUUGAUACUGUUACUACAGUGUCUCUCUGUCACAGCAGUAAGUGACUGAGCAGAGGAAUGCCAGGUCAUUAACUCGCCUCGAAACCAUCUCAUUGUUUUGGCUUAUUGUCAUAAAUAGUAUAUAUACUCAUGACUUCAAAUGAGAGAGAUAAAAGGCAUUUAUCUUUGUCUUGUGCUUCAAAUAAAGUAAAAAGCUAUAAGCUCUUGACAAGUUCCCAAAGAUAUUAUUAUUCAAGCAGAAGUAUGAAAAUGCUUCCGCUAACUUUUUUAAAAGCAAAACUGAGUUGUCUUUUCGAAUCAGCAGCACCAAUAGCUCCACCUUGCGAUGAUGGAAAUUAAAGGCUGCUAUAUGGUACUUUACCUAGAUAGAACAAGUGUUCAUUUGACAGAAACUGGAUAAGGCAGAGUCAAACUGGUUUCAACCCUGAAUAAUCAAGCUAGAAUGGCUAUAAUUGUUCACAUUCUACAGAAUUGGACAAGGUUUUACCCCCACUUUAAAAUCCUGUGAGCUGAGUUUUCUUUUACUUUCUUGUUCAAUCUAUGUUUGUCUUUGUAUUUAUAGCAACCACUGUUUUUUUAUAUUAAACUCUUUGAAUCCAUUUAUAUUCAUCUAUUUGCAUAUUUUAGCACUGUGAUAACGCUUUUAUUCAAUUUUUCUCUUUCUCAUUUGAAACUGUCUCCGUAUGUGCAACUGAUCAAAGAACAAAGCACAAAUAAGACAUCGUCUUCAGGUAUAUUGGAUCAUGUAUGCUCUGACAUCAAGUCAUAUUGUCUGUUGUCUUGUGGAUGGGUUUUUAAAAAUGUUAUCCCAAUAUUUAUUUUGUUGUUUGAUAAUAUGCUUUAAUUUAAAAAAACAGUGUCCUUUUUUUAUCCCAAUAUUUAUUUUGUUUUUCAAAAAUAGUGAAAUUUUAAACACAGAAGGUUCGAAGAAACUACUUCUGGUCUUUAUUAUUUGAUCACAAUUGUGUUAUUUGCUGUGAAAAAUUAAUCCAGCUCAUGAGAUUGUACUGUAUCAUGUGACAUAGAGUGAGAUUGUAUUGUAUCAUGUGAAAUAAAGUCUAUUGCACUGAAAUUUCUCUAAAUGCUGCAGCAUCUCGCAUUUUUUAAACAUGUUAAUAGGUUUUACCCAACAUAUAGUUAAGUUAAGAAUUGUAGGGUAUCGGGAUGUACGCCAGGUCAUAGACUUGAUCGAGAGUUGUUUACUCGUAAGGCAUAAAAUUGAUAUUUUUACACAUCUGUAUUAUAACCUCUUUUUGAUACCGACAAGUCAGUUGGAAUCGGACAAAUUAUUUUUAAAUGCAAGUUCAUGUAAUAUUUUGAAUGAUUUGAAUGUCACAAAACAGCUGAAGCUUUUGACUGUGAUUUUCUUUGUUUCAUAAACAUUAUAACAGUGCUUAUGUUUUUAUUGUUUCCCAUGCAUUUAGUUCUUGUAAUCAAAAAGUUCAAUGUACUUCAAAAACUUUGGUCUCUGGUAAUAAGUAUUUAUUCUGAUUCAAGCCAGUGUGUUGUGGUCUUUGGUUCAAGUUUUACAGACAGACCUAGAACUAGACAAACCAACCAAAAAGAAUUUCUUUUUUCAAAAAAAGUUUUUAUAAAGAUUGAAACGGAAACAUCACCUGUUUCUACUGAUUCUGAGCAAUUCUCAGAUAGACUACUUUCUAAUGUCUGUGAACUAGGCUCCAUCUAACGAAACAGAUCAGCUCAUAGAUUCAUGGUUUUGAUAUCCUGAAGAACUCAUCUUUUGAAUUGACUUUGUUUUUUCAGUUCUAGUUCUCAUUGUGCUUUUGAACUAGUCUGCCACUUAUAGUAUAGCCUCUGUAAGCGAAACUUGUGUGAUCCUACUGUCCUGCAAAAGUAUUUCUUACUGCUCUGUCUGUGGGGUUUGGGGAUGAGUAGGCCUACAAUGUCAAUAUACGCACCAAGAUCUUUGUUAUAUUAGUCAAAGCAUUCCGUCCAUUGAAAUAUAUUAGGUUUGAUAUUUUCUGAAACCAGUAUAUUAUGUACAUAGUGUGUGUGUGUGUCUUUCUAAUCAGUCAAAUGUUGAAAUUAAAGAGUGCAUGUAUUUUUAUGACAAUUGUUAGCAUUGCGUCAGAAGUAUGUUAUUACCUAACCUAUUCAGUAUACAAAAUUCCAUUGGCUGUCAGACCCUUUUUGGAUACCUGAAAUGAGUCUUUCAAGAAAAUAUAAGCAAAACUCUCGUCAAAUAUGGUCAAAAUGUACCAAUUUUUUAAUAUUAUGUCAACUUUUAAUCCAUUUUGGACACUCAUUGUCGUGAACCAUGAAGAGUUACUCUUGCAUGUAUUUAUAGAUCCCAACAAUCAUGGUCUGUUUUAACCUAGGUUCAGAUCAGAAAGAGUAGUGUUAUAUGAUUAUUGUUGUCUGGUCCAAUAGGAAUAAUGGGAAUCAACUGAGGUUCAUGUUGUGGGAGGAACAUCGAAAUGUUGCACUUCUUGCUAUAUAAAUUGGAAAAAAUAUUAUGAGGGGCAGCUUUCGCUUUGAUUUUCAUUUCUCUAAUAUUUGCAGUCACUGUAUUGAAAGGAACACCAAUGAGCAAUGAGCUUCUGUUCUAAUAACUGUUAUAUAACAAGUACUCUGAGAGUGCUGAACAAAUUCAAUGCUUUUGAAGAGUGUUGGAAGUUUUUGUGUGGGUUGUUGAUUAUGAAUGUUUAUAUUCUAACUUUGUAUUGCAUACAUUUUCCGAUUACUGUGCUUUCUUUUUAUCUAUCUUUUUUCUCAAUCUAUUUACGUGCUGAAAGUAAUGUUGAUUUUUCAUCAAAAUUAGAGGACCACUUCUGCUUGUAUGUUUUGGAUGUUGUGGAAAGUUAACAUGCAUUGAGCCAAGAAUAAUAGAAAUUACAGACAUGUCCAGAUAUGUCCAUUGUAAGGCACUUUGCCAAAAGUGCAGUUGAUAAGAGACGGAGAAGGAGUGACAAAGUAGGUAAUGAUGAUAUUUGCUCAUUAGUACCAAAAUGACUGUUUUUGUUCAUUAUGUACUUUGAUUUUCUUUUGUCUCUUCCUGGGCACUGUGACCACAGUUGUUGCUCACUCGUCUUUGCACUGUGCUUGGUCUUUACCCCAGACUGAUAACAAAUUAAAUUCAAGGAGAAACGAAAAACAGUUCUCUGUUCAGCUUUUGUCUUUGAUCUGCCUUACAUUGUGUGUUACACAAUAAGUAUGAUUAUUACCUGAUCAAUGUUAUAUUGAUGUGCAAGUCCCGAAUAUUUAAUUAAAAAGAUUCUUUUAUAAUUAGCCUACCUUUACUUAUUAUAGAUUUCUUGUGAGAAGUGUUGUUGCUUACUAUUGAAUUUGAAUGCACACAUUUUGUUUCCUUUUGAUGUUCUUCGCACACAGCACAUUUUAAAAUGGUUAUUAUAUAAUCAUAAGUGCCAAAAAUGUCUUUGUCUCCUCUGGUGACUGAUACGAGACGUGUGAGACAUGUGUACGAACCCAUCUGUAACACUUUAGUUCCUUACACUUCAACCACGCAUGCCAUUACGAGGAAUAUAGACUGGAAGGAAAAUGUUAAAGGUGAACUUAUUCAUGCUUUUUGUUUAAUUUGCAAGUGUCACUGCUGUGUUUAUAUAUUUACUAUUUACAUUUUUACAUCCUCUGUGAUAACAAACAGGUGGUGGGACUACAGCUGUGCCUUGUUUACUGUUUGUUUGGACAACAGUUUGGGAUUCGUGCAAGUUGUUGGAUCACAUAAAUUGUGUCACGGCGCGAUGGAAUCAGGCGCUCGUAGGUUUUUUGGGCAUAUGGAGUUAUUGAUAUUUCUUAACGCCUGUUCAUUUGCCUUGCUUUUGAAGAGAAAAAAA